AUGAGUAAAACAUUGUUGUUAAUAUUUCUUCUCUUUUUUUAUACACCUUAUGAAUGUCGAAGUCAACAGGAUAUUCAAUCUGAUACAUGGAUUGCUGUUGAUGGUCUUGGUCGAGUGUUACCAAAUAUAACACAAGUUGGUCCCCCACGUCCUAAUCGUACAGUUGGAAUGUUUUAUUUCUUACAUUUGGGUCAUGAUGGAUCGGUAAAUGGUCCCUAUGAUGUAUCGAAAAUUCUCAAAGAACAUCCUGAAGCAAUUAAUGAUAUAAAUGAUCCACACUGGGGACCCCUUGAUAGUUCACAUAUUUGGGGUGAAAGUCUUUUUGGUUAUUAUAUGAUUGAUGAUGAUUUUAUUCUUCGUAAACAUGCAUCUAUGAUUGUAAAUGCAGGCGUUGACGUCAUUAUUUUUGAUGUUUCUAAUGCAGUAACUUUUCGAGAUAAUUAUCAAAAAUUAUGUUCUGUAUAUACUGAUAUUCGAUCAAAAGGAGGUAGAACGCCGCAAAUUGCUUUCCUCUGUCCAUUCGGCAAUCCAGGUGAUAUGGGACGAAAGACGACACGUGCAAUAUAUGAAGAUUUGUAUGCUAAUGGAUCUUAUUCUGAUCUUUGGUUUCGAUGGAAAGGUAAACCACUGAUGUUAGCUGAUCCAGGAUAUGUUGACGAUGAUAUUCGACAAUUUUUUACUUUACGUCAAAAUAUUGGACCUUACAAUCAAGGUCCAACUGGACCAAAUCAAUGGGCAUGGCUUGAAAUUUAUCCUCAGCAUGUAUUUUUGAAUAGUGAAGGUGAUAAAGAAGAAGCUGCAGUUGGUGUUGCACAGAAUUAUAAUAAAAUACAGUAUAAUAGUACUGCACCGAUGAGUUGGCCUGGUGCUUUUGGUCGUAGCUAUCAUAAUAACUCAAUGGAUAAUCGAACGGAUGCAGUUAAUUGGGGAUUUAAUUUUGCUGAACAAUGGGAACGUGCAUUAGAAAUUGAUCCUCAAUUUGUCUUUGUUACUGGAUGGAAUGAAUGGACAGCAGGUAGAUAUGCUUCAUGGAGUAGAUGGACAGCUCCACCAGUUAUUUUUGUUGAUGAAUUCAUUCAAGAAUUUAGUCGAGAUAUUGAACCGAUGAGUGGUGGUCAUGAUGAUAAUUAUUAUUAUCAAUUAGUAAAUUAUGUUCGACGUUACAAAGGAGUUCGUUCAAUAACACCUGUAAAAGCAAGUCCAAUUAUAAUUGAUGGUAAUUUUCAAGAAUGGCAACCUGUACAACCAAGUUUUCAAACAGAUCCUGGAACGCCUGUAUGGCGAGAUUAUCCUGGAAGUGGAAAAGCAGGUCCCUAUAUCAAUCAUACUGGUCGAAAUGAUAUUAUCGAAACUAAAGUUAGUUACAAUGGAGAUUAUGUUUAUUUCUAUGUACGAACUUAUAAUUUAACUACAAACUAUACAGAUCCUAAUUGGAUGUUAUUAUUUUUAAAUACUGAUGCUAAUUAUAGUACUGGAUGGCUUGGUUAUGAUUUUGUAAUUAAUCGAAAUGUUCGAUCAUCUCAAGAAACAUCUCUUGAACGUAAUAAUGCUAGUAAUUCUUAUAUUUGGACAAAAAUAGCCGAUAUAUCUUACGCUAUGAAAGGUAAAGAACUUGAAUUAAUGAUACCACGAAAAUUGUUAGCUAUUCCAGCAUCAUAUGUUACUAUUGACUUCAAAUGGGCAGACAAUAUUCAACAAGAUGGUACAUGGAGUGACUUUUCAUUAAAUGGUGAUUCCGCUCCUCCUGAUCGUUUUAACUUUCGUGCACAACUUAAUUAA